UCCAGCACAGGUAUCGCGGAAAUGACGUCACGAAGCACGGAAGGAGGGGGGGGAUGAAGCGUUUCAGAGAGCAAGAUGGCAGCAAAAUCCGAUGGCGUGGGGGUCGUUGCCGGUUUCGCCCAGCUGCACAACCUGGACGAAGCGGUCGGCGACGAGGAUGCGCUGGACAGCUCGGCCAUACACAUCUGUCACUGCUGCAACACGUCGUCGUGUUACUGGGGCUGCAGGAGCGCGUGUCUGCAGUCGCUGCUGGGCGACAGGGAUGCUGGAGAACGCGGGCGGCCGCAGCAUCAGCAGCAGCCGGAGGAGCGCCUAUGGCUGGACUGCCUCUGGAUCGUCCUCGCGCUGCUCGUCUUCUUCUGGGACGUCGGGACGGACUUGUGGCUGGCCAUAGACUACUACUCCAAACGGGACUAUCUGUGGUUUGGGCUCACGCUGUUCUUCGUGCUGGUGCCGUCGGUGCUGGUCCAGAUUCUAAGCUUCAGGUGGUUCGUCCAGGAUUACACGGGCGGUGGGCUCGGGGCCGUGGAGGGGCUCAGCAGGAAAGCCACGGCGGAUCUGAGCUCGCGCAUCUACGGCAGGGACAGGUGCUGUGUGAUCUCGAUAUGGAUAUGGCAUGCCUGUGUGCACAUCCUUCAGAUGGGACAAGUGUGGAGGUAUAUCCGCACGAUGUACCUAGGCAUCCAGAGUCGGCGACAGAAGGAACACAGGCGGCGCUUCUACUGGGCGAUGAUGUACGAGUAUGCUGACGUCAACAUGCUCCGUCUACUGGAGACGUUUUUGGAGAGUGCCCCCCAACUGGUGCUACAACUCUGCAUAAUGAUCCAGAAGAACCGGGCUGAGACACUACAGUGUGUCUCCUCUGUUGCCUCCCUGCUCUCGCUGGCUUGGGUCAUGGCUUCGUACCACAAGCUCUUGCGUGAUUCCAGAGACGACAAAAAGAGCAUGAGCUACAGGGGUGCACUGAUCCAUAUCUUCUGGAGGCUUUUCACAAUAUCCUCUCGGGUGCUCUCCUUCGCUCUCUUCGCUUCCAUCUUCCACAUCUACUUCGGCAUAUUCGUGGUUGUGCACUGGUGUGCCAUGGCGUUCUGGAUUGUGCACGGAGGCACGGAUUUUUGCAUGUCCAAAUGGGAAGAGGUGCUCUUCAACAUGGUGGUGGGCAUUGUCUACAUCUUCUGCUGGUUCAACGUAAAGGAGGGCCGAACCCGGUACCGCAUGGUGAUCUACUACUUUGUGGUGCUUGCCGAAAAUACGGUGCUUACUUGUCUGUGGUACGCCUACCGAGACCCAGUCACUACUGACUCCUAUGCAGUGCCGGUGCUCUGCGGAGUUUACCUAACCUUCGCCUCAGGGGUGGUUUUCAUGGGCAUCUACUAUGGGUUCCUUCAUCCGAUGGGACCUAAAAUAAGGUUGCUAGCUAGCUCCUGUUGUGCUGAGCUUCUUUGGGGACUUCCAUUACCCCCGGAGGCCGAGCCCAUGGCACCCACUCCUGGUCCACGAGCGUCCCAACGCACUCCCACUCGGGCUUCCACGGGGGCCUUUGGCCUGCCGGAUGAUGCCACAGGAGACACCUGCCUGCCCGUGUUUCAGGUGCGCUCGCCCGAGCCCACCACUCCCUUGGGCCGUUACAGGCCAGAGGGUCCUCUUAUCAAGAUCGACAUGCCCAGGAAACGCUACCCGGCCUGGGACGCGCACUUUGUGGACAGGCGCUUGAGAAGGACGAUAAACAUCCUGCAGUUCAUCACGCCCGCGACCGUCGGAAUCAGGUACAGGGACGGACCGCUGCUGUACGAGCUCCUGCAGUACGAGUCAUCCCUGUGAUGGCUGGCUCUCUCCUACAUUUAGUUUCAGAUCUGCCACAUUUCUCAAAAUGCAUGCCAUUUUGGUUUCCGGAUAAAUUAUAUAAAUGUGUGUAAAAGAGGUACAGCAAGUGUAAGCAUCAAGCAUUGCACUUUUCUUUUACGUGAAUAGCCUCCUGAAGAUGUGUAUAUAUUUUGUAUGUAUAUACUGUCUCUUUUUUACGAUAUCUGUUUAGAAAUGUGUCCCCAUGAAGGGAUAUGAAUGCGUCAUGGUGUUUACAGCCAGCGGAAACCAUUACAUUGGAAAAAUGGAGAUCGGUUGACCACAUCAACACCGCCUUGGGUUUUUAACAACUUUUAUUAAUCUGUACUAACUGAUCUGAUAUUUCAGAGCUUAUUUUCACACUUCCAUCGAUCGAUAUGCUCAAGUUGACGUUUAUAUACAGAAAGUACCUGCUAUAACCUAGAAUUUUCCACUUGAAUAAAGGGGCGUUCACAUUGACAGUGAUUUGCAUGGACAGUGCAACAGGAAGUCACUUAUUUUCAGUAAGAGUUAUAGAUUUUCGCCUACUAGCAAACUACAGUAGAGCGAUUUAGCGACCUCUAGUGAAUAAAUCGCUGCACACGCCUCUUUAGACUGACCUCUACAGGCAAGAUUCUACUUCCUGUCAGACAAAAUCCAAGUGGCAUUCAUUGUCUGUUUGCCUUAAAAUCUGUAUUUAGCUUGUUAAAGUGUCUUUAUUCUUUGGUUAUUAAAGAAAUACCUCAUUGACUCUGUAUAGCACAGUUUAAGUCCAUUUAACCCUUUGCACAAUAUGAUUAAAAUGAACCUUGCACUGAGAAUCAUGUUAGACCUGUAUAGUUUAGUGGGAAUUUAGAAUAAUAAUUAAAGCACAUAACUCGUGGUUUUGAAGGAACCGUUUUGUACAGUGAAUAGCACAUUGAAUUGAUGAUUUUAAAUUUUUUUGUUCUUGGUUAUUGGUUAUAUGUUUUUGCUUUAUAGCUAUGUUCAUACCGCAAGCCAAAAUCUCUCAUUCUGAUUUUCAGCUCAGACUUUUUUAGAAAUAAUAUUUAUAAUUCUAAAUACCAGUAAAUAUUAUUUAAAAAAAGUUUAAUAAUAUUAUUUAUUUAUUAAUAUUUAUUCUUAUUAAUGUAUUUAUUGUAAUUUAAUAUUAUUAUAUAGUUCUUUUUAUUUAUGUGACUUUAAAUUAUACAAUGUAAUAUUUUUUUAUAAGCAGAAAUUUUAUAUUUAUUAUUAUUUAGGAGAUUUAGCAUUGUGCCACUGACCAUUUUUGCUUUUCCCCAUCUUCACUCCAAGGAUGAAAGUGUGCAAUCAUGACAAAUUUUGAGUUCAAAUGGUCGGCACUGUGUUCACACACGAGCAGAAAACAAAUCAGACUUGGCCUAGAUUCAGCUGCGGUGUGAACGUAGCCGUGUUCCUUAUCUCAGCAGAAAUAAGCACAGAAAACCCUUAACAAGGUGGCGUUGUAUGAACGGUCCUCUCCAUUAUUUCAACCUCUUUUCGAGCAUUUAGACUGCAUAGUGUAUACGGUUACUGCUCUCAUCUGUUUGUCUAGUGUCGUCAUCUAAAAUUCCAAGUAAUAAACUUGUGAGGUGCAGAAAUGUGGCUGUGGUUCUCUGAGGAACCCUGGCACACAUAUUUUUCCUAUGUGUAAUGACUUAAAUGUCAGUUUUUUACCAUUUAUUUUAUUCUAAGGUGCAAAAAGAUGCUAAGCUAAUGGCAUUUGAAGUUAUCUUUGCCUGAAUAUACCUGAGUGUAUUUACACAAGUAACCGUGGCAGAGUCUCACCAUAGGAGGAUUUUGCGAUCGUAUGAGAAGAGGAUGAUAAUUGCCUCAACACACAGGGCUUGCUGCUGCCCGCAGCGUGAAACAAAGCCAAAUCACAUCCUCUACUGUAACAGUACUGUCUCUCUCUGCUAUUGGUGCACCAGGCCGCCUGUCACGCUCAUCCUCCUUGCUGAUUGGUGCUUAUAGGGAAGCAUUUAUUUCUUAAUAACUAAGCAUGUAGAUUGUUUUUUGGUGCUACAUUUAUUCAUUUCUUUUGUAUUAUUUUGCCAUGUGGAAGUUUUAAAGGUGCACUAAGUUUUUUUUUUUUACUUUAAAAACAUUUUACCCCUAAAUAAAUAAACUGUACUUCUGAAAAAUGUUUAAAAUGACACACAUGCAAAGAAACAGUGCUCCUGUUGCAAAAUGCAUGAGGUGUCAAUCAAUUUCACUAUGGCUUGAUAUUGUUGCGUGUUGCAAUAGCCUAAUUGAAGUAUAAAAAUAAAAAGCUCUCACAAAUAUUGGGCAAAAUAGUACAUUUUUAAUGAGGCUGAACUGUUUUAACAAAUGCAUUUUGGUAUUGGAAUAAAUUAAAGCUGCAGUCCGCGAUUUUUCUUUUUUGUCGCCAUCUCUUGUUUGAAACCUGCAAU